AUGGGUUAUAGAAAUGUUAAGGAGUUAUGGUAUUCCCUGGGUGGCCCUGUAUUAGAAGAUAGGUUGGAAUUGUUAAGUGAUGACAAAGGUGCAUGUAAUUUGGUAAACAUUGCUACAAUGAAUUGUCAAGCUCAUUUGUUUGUGGUUCACUUCAUAUCCCAACCUAAUUAUCUUCAUACGUUAGAAUAUCAUAGUCAAUCCGAGUUAGGUGAAAUUCAAGGAGCUGAAGUUGAGGGAGGUGAAGUUGAAGGAGGUGAACUUGAGGUAGGUGAUAUUGAGGUUGGUCAAGUUGAGGUUGAUGAAGUUGGUGAGCAAGAACUUCCUCAGGUUGAAGAUGGUCAGCAAGAACUUCCUGAGGUUGAAGUUGGUCAGCAAGAAGUUCCUCAGGUUGGUCAGCAAGAACUUCCUGGUCAGCAAGAAGUUCGGGUGGAAGUUGGUCAACAAGAAGUUCUUGAGGUUGAAUUUGGUCAGGAAGAUGGUCAACAUGGUGAACAAGGUUAUGCGCAUGAUGAAGUUAAGGGUGGUCAACAUGCUGAAGAAGGUGAUGCUGAUGUUGAUGUAGUUGUUCAGGAACAUGCUGAAAUUGAUGAGGUUUCUGAAGGUACUUCUGAAGAUGGUGAGGAUAAUAUUGAUGAUGGUGAUGAUAAUAUUGAUGGUGGAGUGGGGGAUGCUGAGGAAAAGGACUAG